GUGGACCAAUUUCAAGUGAUUGGUUAUGAAGCCAAAAGAAAAAAAAGGAGAGUUUGAACAAGUCAGUAAUCAUAGAUAGUGAAAGUGACAGUUGGAAAAGGAGACAAGAGAGGAUCCUAUAUUUAGACAUCAAUUAGAACUCAUCUCUUCACAAUUGUCUGAAUCUCCACAUCAUCACUUCUUUCCUCUCUUCUACAAAAUUCGAUUCAACAGAUUGUGUUCACAGGGAAGUUCAUUGUAAUGGCAAAGAGAAGGUCAUGGUUUGGUUGGAUAAAAAGAUUAUUCAUCUGCGAGGCCAAAGCAAAAUCAGAGAAGCCAAGGAGAUUGAGAUGGGUGUUUAGAAGACUAAAGCUGAGACAUCAGAUUGCAACUCCGGCACAAGAGACAAGGACUUUGAACAAAGCAACAGAGGAUCAGAGAAAGCACGCCAUGAACGUAGCCAUCGCCACGGCAGCAGCAGCCGAGGCGGCGGUUGCAGCCGCCAAGGCAGCUGCUGAGGUUGUCAGGAUGGCGGAAAACGCCUUCACGUCACAACAUUUUGUCAAGAAGAGUAGUGAUCCUAAUUUGGCAGCUAUCAAGAUUCAGAGUGCCUUCAGAGCUUAUCUGGCGAGGAAAGCGUUGCGGGGACUGAAGGCACUUGUAAGGCUUCAAGCCAUUGUCCGUGGCCGCGCUGUUAGAAGAAAGGUUUCUUCUAACAAAGCUUCAACAUCAAGCCUCAUCCAGAGGAAACACUUGUCUAAGAACAAAACUGAGAUCAAAGAAGAACUUAAGAUACCAAAACGUUCAAUGUGUAACGGUCAGAAUAGUUGGGACAGUAGCGCACUCACCAAGGAAGACAUCAAAGCCAUAUGGUUAAGGAAGCAAGAAGGUGCGGUCAAGCGUGAGCGUAUGUUAAAGUACUCCCGGUCUCAUCGAGAGAGAAGGAGUCCUCACAUGCUUCUGGAGUCAUUGUACACAAAGGACAUGGGGAUGAGAAGCUGUCGGCUUGAACAUUGGGGUGAAUCCAAGUCUGAAAUGGUUGUUGUCCCUACAAAAGUAAAGCUUAGAAGUUUGCAGAGACAAGACUCCGGUGACGGACAAGACUCUCCGUUCUCUUUUCCAAGGAGAUCAUUCAGCCGUCUUGAGCAGAGUCUAUUGGAGGACGAGAGCUGGUUCCAAAGUGGGUUCCAGCCUUACAUGAGCGUGACAGAGUCUGCAAAGGAGAAGUUUAGAUCGCUGAGCACACCGAGGCAACGUGCAGCGGUCAUGGAGUCUUGGUUAGAUGAGAAUAAGAAGGAUGGAGAUAAAGUAUCUCUCUGGUCUUCCUUUGUCAGUGAAGAAAAUAGUAAGAUGAGCAGCUCUAAGAAGUCGUCUCUUGCCACAAACAAACAUUUGUUGUUGAAAUAUUGAACAUUCAUGAUACUUUCUCUUUUUCUUUUCUUUUGAUGGGUCUCACAUCUCAUGCUCUUUAUAGAUUUAUAUUCUUUUGGGUUUGGGUCUGUGCUUAUGUUCAUUUAUGUUCUUGAGGAUUUGGAAGCAUGUUGUUUUAUCAGUGUGAUUCUUUUGUUUAAUUUUUGAUUAAGAAAUGAAACAUGUUUUUGGCCAGCAGAUCUUUCUUUAGGCAAAGGUUGAGCAAGAAAUUGCAACAUGCUUCUUUUUACAACUUACAAGUUGUAAAUCUCUUAAAUAAUUCUUAUAACUAGAAAAUCCGAUUCUUAUUUGAUAGUUUACUAAUAUUGUCUAGCAUCAUCAUAAUAUAUGUAAUCAUUACAAACACAAUUGGUCUACCUACUUGGUUCAAGACCAAGACAAAACUAAAAUCAGUAACUUUGAUCUAAAAGAGAAAGAACAGAACAAGAUGCAAAGAGAGAAAAAACAGCCUAAACUGGCUUAAGUUGAUUUAAUCCAAGAGCCAAAUUCUUGUGAAGUUUGGUAGUGAUCAACUAACCACCAAGCAUACGUUUCUUUGUUUUAACCUCAAUGGUCAUACAUGUUAUCUAGGCAACACUUGAGAACUCCAGCUCGGCUACGACGUUUCUUCAAUCCCCAUCGCUUCAAUACUCUCCAAACCGGUGAUCUUUUCUCUUCUCCGACCACUAAGAGAGUAACUAGUUGUUCUUAAGCUACUUCUACAAUCUUCUCUUCUCCGACCACAAUCUUUUCUUUUCCUUCUAGUCUUCUUUUCUCUACAUCUAUCUGUUACUAUAUAUAAACAUAAUCACAUAUUGGGGUUUUAAAACGCUGCAAACGCAUUUUUAGCAUAUCAACUCACCCCGGGUGGCUUUGACUGGCAGAGUUUCUUUAAAGUAUGGACGAGUUCGUCAGUCUUAACUUCACGUUUCCAGUUAUUCUUGUCUUUAUAUCAAGUUCAACAUUUUACUACAUAGUACUAAGUGAAUUUUUACCGAGGCUAGCUAGAUCAGCAAACAUGACAUAAACAAUUAUUCAAAAUGUUUUGAUGAUGAAUUUAAAUGUAAAAAGAGAUAUAACCUUUUCUAUAGGGUUCGGGGAAGUAUAAGAGGAAAAAAUAGUCUUGACAUAACAAUGUGUAUUUCAACCAUUCAAGAGCACAAGUUGAAGCAAACACUUUAUCCACCACCACCAUCACUCUGGUCCCUUUAAAUGGAACGUGAAACCGGUUUGAAACUGGAUGUUAUGACGGAUCCGAACAUGUCUUAAACUCAAUUAAACUGAUUUCUUGAGCGAUCUAGCAAUCUUUCUUCUACAAGUAUUAAAUUGUAACAACAAUACAUUGAUCUUGGUUAAUUAUAAUUAAGUGUAAAACAAAACAACAAAAGAAUUACUACGACUUGCUAACCACUAAAUAAAUUCGUCAAAUUUUGAUAAUAAUCAUUGACUCUUAACUACUUUUGACAAAAAAAAAUUACUGCCAAAAAAUUGAAUUACAUAAAGUGUACAAAACAUAUAAAAGUACGUAGACGCCAAUAUGCAUCCAAGAACUCUGAGCAUUCCUCAAAAAUUACAUGCAUUAUAAUGACUGUAUUUCUCUCUCUUUUUACUAUAUCUUGUAAAAUCUAAGUGAAAUUAGAAUAACGUGAAUCACAGUUCUGUUGAAAUAACGAGUAACACAAACUAUCCAAAUUAAAAGCAAAAUACGAAAAAGAAGAGAUUGGUACCAAGGAUAGAUUAGAGAAGCGAUGGUGAUAUAAGAGAAGCUGCAAUGGUGAAAAACGUAUUCUAUUGGUCUAUAGACAGUAUGUAAGAGGCUAAGAGCCUGUACAGACGGAGGAUAUCUAUCAGGGUGGCCUCGAAAUCGAUAACCUGAAAAAUAAACAAAGAGAAUUAAAUGAAGUGAAAUUUAGAGGCGGGAAAGAUAUAUUUCAAGACUGAUAUAUUACCAAAAA